AGUCUUUCCUUUGAAAAUUAAUUCUAAUAAUAAUACAAAACAAAAAGAAAAAAAAUAAAUAAUAAAAAAAAUCAAAAAAAUCAAAGGGGGUAGCUCGCGCCAUGACCGCGGCAUGCAUGCCGCGGCCACAGCGCGAGGCAGCUGCCUCUCUGCUGCUCGCGGUCGGGCCGCGCAUGCCGCGGCCAGACCGCGCCACAGCAUGCUUGCUGUGGCUCGCGGGUGAGCCGCGGCAUGCAUGCCGCGGCCGCACCGCGGUACGGGUCGGCCUUAAUAAGCCGACCCCCUCGCAUUUAUUCCCCCCGCAUUGCCUUCUCCUUCUACCAAUUUCCCUCACCCCGCCCUCACCUAGCCUCCCACGAUUCUCCCAGCCUGCUCCCUUACAAAUUUUCCAAGAUUUUCUUCAAGGACCUCCCCUCUUCACUCUCCAACUUCAACAUUAAAGGAUCGAUCACAAGCAAAGAUGGCACCCAAAACUCGCUACACUCCAGCCGCAAACAAGGGUAAAGCCAUUGUAACAAGUUCAAAUGCUUCCAAACGGCCGCGAGCUAAUCCUCCAUCAUAUCCAAUCUACCUUACUACCGAAACUGAAGAACGGGCCCGAGUGAUAAAGUCCUGGCCUCUCCAUAGGGAGCGAGAAGUUGACCUUGCUAGCAUUGAGAUCACAGGUGUUUCUGAAGUUAUUCAUGCCAAGAAGUGGCACAAAUUUUGUGCCAAGCCUCACAAGAUCUAUCCCUCCGUGGUUCGAGAAUUCCUCGCCAAUUUCAAUGAUAACAUCCUUGGAGGUGAUGAUGAAGAUGAGGAAGCUCAUGCCUUCCAUACAUAUGUGCGAGGAGUGUGGGUACCAUUCAGUCCUGACGUAAUCCAACACUUUUAUCAAGUGACAUCAGGGACAGCUCUCCCGGACAUAGAGGACUGGAAUCAAGUGGCUCAUUUUUGCUUCAAUGAAGACAUUCCACCGGUGUGGCCGUGCCACAAUGUGGUGCUCCAUAACGAGCUCAACCUCAAGGCGAAGAUGUUCCAUUACAUCUUAUCCUCUAACAUCGCUCCAUCCUCACACAUGAUUGAGAUAUACCCUCCACGGAUGCAACUGCUAUAUACCUUGGCUACUGGACAUGAUUUGAAUUUUGGCGAGCGCAUAUUCCAACAAAUCGUCACCCUCGCCUUGACCAAGGGUAGUAAGAAGAGGAUUUAUUUUCCAGCACUCAUCUCAGCAUUGUGCAAGCAAGCCAAAGUUCCUACAUCAUCAUCUAAGCUCGACAGGACGAAACCCAUACUGAUCAAUCUCUACACUAUCCGGCAGUCACAGACUCAAAUUGUCCAGCACCGACAUGCCGCUCAAAUGCGAGACGCAGCAGCAGAGGCCGAGGAAGAAGAUGAAGCUGCGGAGUACAUGGAACCCGAAACACCACCAGCAGUGAGGCCACCACUCCGACGUCGGUCUGGAGGAGUCAACUUCGGCCCCACCUUGGAGGCCAUGCAAGCACAGAUACAAGAAAAUCGAGAAGAGCAAGAUCGGCAAUUCCGCUUGUUCCAAGCGGGCCUAGAUAUUCUCAGAGCCGACCUUCGUACCCAGCAUGAGGAGAUGAGAUCCAUGUUUGCCCAGCUACUCCAGUACCAGCCACCCCCACCUCCUGAAGACCAUUGACUCACUCUGACCAUCACUGCACUGCUUCUCCAUCCCAGUUGAACUGGUGGUAUUCUCACGUCUACUGACCGAAGGCAAAAGACAUUUCCUGCCUCUCCCCUCAGGUUGCUAGUGCUUUUAUUCUAGAAGACACCUAUGGUGCUUUUCUGAGCUCGUUUAGUCGCUUAUUAUUAUUGUGAUAGCAAAAGAGUCUUCAUAAAUUUUGAAUGAAAAUAUUUUCUCACUCAGAUGUGCUGAAACUUGAAUUUGUGAAUGUUUAUAUAGAGGGUUGUCACUCUCCAAGGAUAUGGAAGUAAAUUGUCUCAUAUAUGUAUUUUCUCCUUUGUUGUAUUGUA